GCCGGUGCCAAAUUCCAAAGCGGAAGGAAACAAAGCCAACGGGGAAAACGAAGUGAGCUGUGGGUGGACGACUACGGCACAAAGCAAAGACGGGGAAUGCCAGGCUUGAUUUUCAGUUCGAGGUGUGGAUCGCAUUUGUUCGACGAGAAAUCGAUUUGAAUGGAAUCUUGUUCGGCGUCUACCCGAUUCCCGGUUCGGAGAUCACGAAGAAAUGGCGGACGCUGCUCGGUCCGACUCCAGCUCCCAAGUUUCCUCCGUUUCCAGCGACCAGAACGGUGAGGUCUAGGUCAAGGUAGAGUCCAUGACUGGAAAGGGGAUUAAGCAUCCGUGUUCUGAGCUUAUCGAGAUAAAGGCAGAAUCUGAUGAAGAUUUUUAUAGAAAUAUCUUCUCCAAUUAUUCUGCAUUCAACAGAGUAUUUAACGAAGUGCAAGGGAUGAAAAAUAAACUGAUGCUACUAAGAACCCAACUUUCAACCCAGAACAAGCUUGUAAACGACCUUCUUGAUGGAAUAAUGCAUCUGAAGGUUAUGUCUGAGGAGACAAUAGAAUCAAUUAUUCUGGAAUCUGAAGCCACUGAUGAACCAACUUCACCAAGCAGGUGGGAGAGUCAUAUUGAUAAUCUUUCAGAAACCUUGGACAUUCUUCUAUUGGAGAACAGGAUCGAUGAAGCUAUAUGCCUAUAUCCAUCUUUGAAAUGGAGGAUGAAAAUUUUCAAAGGAUGCAGUGUGAUAAGAAGUGCUCGGCUGACUUGUUGAUGUUGUAUAGCUCUGCACUUUCAGAGAAAAAAGACAGGCUUAUAUCACAUUUGACUCUUGCAGCUGAAAACCCAAGAAUAUGUGCAGCAGAACUUCAAAAGGCAUUAGUUGGAAUUUGCAGACUUGGUGACAUUCAUUGUGCAACUCAGUUAUUGCUUAAAUAUUACCAUUUGCAUAUUGCAAAGGGAAUACAGAAAUUGCAAUGUUCAAAAUCGUUUUCACAUGGGAUAUAUGUUAAGGAACUUGCCAAGUUUGUAUUCUCUAUGAUUUUCCAGGGAGCAGGGGGCUUUGUCAUCUUAUAUGGAGCAACUUCGCCCUGUGCUUCAGAGCUGAUUCAUUGGACCCAUGAAGAAACUAAAAUAUUUGUUGCUUCAUUUGAUAAAUAUGUUAAGUCUAUUUCAGAAAUAAGUGGUGGAUUGUCCACGGCAGUAGAAGCCUUGCAGUUUGCAUUGUCUUAUUGCUCAUUGUUAGAAACUCUGAAAUUACUGUUAAAGCCAUGCUUAUUCAACCAUAUUCGUCCUCAUAUGGAAGAGAUUCUAAGGAUACAUGUAGAGCAUUUUGAGAAAGUUAUUGGUAUCUUCACAGCAUCUGAUACUUGGGUUUUGGGAAGAUAUUGUGUCCCAGGAAUUUUAUAUGGGGGUAAUUCAUCCAUGGAUACUAGGCAACAACCAGAUUAUUGUCUGCUCACCAACAGUGGCAGGAAAUUUUUAACUUUCCUGCAGGUCUGUUCUAUAAAUUCUCUAGACUAGUCAUCAUGGGAGUAGUUAGUGUCUCAUUGAAAAAUCAAGUACAUAGCUUUGUUUUGUGUUUGUAACUCUACCCACUAGGUUGUUUUAUAUCUUUUCCAUGGCAACAAAGGUUCUAUCUUCUCUCUUCCCUAGGCAACAAUGGUUGGUAGAAAUGUUUAUUUAGCAUAUUGAGAAAAUGCCAUCAAUUUCACAGCAUAAAGCACCGUGCAUUUU